ACAAUCCUCUUGUCGUGUACGCUUGACAUUUGAAGGCAGUGACUGACUGAUGAAUACAGCGUUAAUAACCGAGUACUUGGUGUCCAAGUGUGUAUAAUACACGACAGUGAGUGUGUCUAACAAGUAAUUUUCUAUUCAAACACAUAAGCCCAUGUGCGUAAGCGAUAAGUUAACUAAACAAAAAUGUCCAACAAUGACAAUAACGGGAGUUCGUCCUCUGGUGCUGCGAGGCCUUCGAUCCCUCAGUUAGACAUGCGACAAGAUGCAGCCGUAGCAGAAAAACGAAGACAGUUAAAACUCGCCAUACAAGGGUCGUCGGGUUCCUCGUUUGGAUUCAGUUCGCCUAUACCCAGCUUACAAUCAUUAAAAUGUGAAGAAGAUAGUCGAACCGUGUGUAAUGGCUCAACUUCGAAACAACCAAGCUUGCCUAGAGUACGACUGCCACAUCCUGAACCAAUCGCUGAAAAGUCUAGAGAAAGACUUAAAAUAUGCCAAACUAUACAAUCAACUGGAAAAUUACAACUAUCUGAAAAUAAGGUGUAUGAUUUUACAUCAGACGAUCUACAAGAUUUAGGCGAAAUUGGACGAGGUGGUUUUGGCACUGUGAACAAAAUGCUACAUAGAAGUAGUGAUACUGUUAUGGCCGUUAAGAGGAUUAGGUCUACUGUUGAUGAAAAUGAACAAAAACAACUAUUAAUGGAUUUAGAUGUUGUUAUGAAGUCAAACGAAUGUCCGUAUAUUGUACAAUUUUAUGGAGCUCUUUUUAAAGAAGGUGAUUGCUGGAUUUGUAUGGAAUUAAUGGACACUUCUUUGGAUAAAUUUUACAAAUAUAUUUAUGAAAAACUCAAUCAACAAAUACCUGAAAAUAUAUUGGGGAAAAUAACUGUUGCGACCGUAAAAGCGUUAAAUUAUUUGAAAGAAAAAUUAAAAAUCAUACAUCGUGAUGUCAAGCCUAGCAACAUUUUAUUGGAUUCUCGAGGAAAUAUAAAAUUAUGCGAUUUUGGCAUUUCUGGACAGUUAGUAGAUUCUAUUGCUAAAACUAGAGAUGCUGGGUGUCGUCCUUAUAUGGCUCCUGAAAGAAUCGAUCCAGUACGUGGUAGAGGCGGUUAUGAUGUUCGAUCUGAUGUUUGGUCGUUGGGUAUCACUUUGGUAGAAGUAGCAACUGGUCGCUUUCCCUACCCAAGAUGGAGUUCAGUUUUUGAACAACUUUGCCAAGUCGUACAAGGAGAUCCACCACGAUUACAUUCUUCUUCUAAUAAUUUUUCUCCGCAUUUUAUCAAUUUCGUUAAUACAUGUUUGAUUAAAGAAGAAAACCAAAGGCCCAAGUAUAACAAAUUACUGGAACACCCAUUUAUUAAGCGUAGUGAUGCAGAAAGCGUAGACGUCGCUUCUUACAUCAGUGAAAUUAUGGCAGCAAUGAAGAACGAUGGAGCAUUCAUGUACACAAUGAAUGACCCCUAAAAACAUUUUAAUUAAUUAAGUACAUAUUGUUUUAGUACUUUCAAUCAGACAAAAAUAAUUUGUAUAUUUCCAACAAUUUUGGAUGAUCAUUUAUUUUUUACCACAACCGAGCAACAGGCUUAUCAUGAAAGUCGUUACAUCAAUAUCUGCUCAUGACUUUUUCAUGCCAUAAAGUGUGACAUAUUUUUAUCUUGUACAAAUUAAAUAUUGCACUGACUUGUGCAAUGAUAUGGUAGAACAUAUAAUUUAUAGAUAGAGUAAUAUUGUCUCUUGAAGUAUAAAUGAAAUUCCAUUACAACGAGUUCUAAACUACAAUUGUAAUUAAAAAAACUAAUAUUCAUUCAAAACAAAAAUUAAAUGUUUUUUUUAAUUAGUUAAGACUUAACAAUGGUCAAUUCAACAGUUUAACUAAAAAUCUAAAAGACAUCUGUAGUUAAAUAUUGUUAAAAAAAAUACUCCAGUGAGCACUAUUCACAAUGAAAGUAUAUCAAAAUAUUUUAAGAAUACUAGUUUUUUUUUGUAGUUUUGCUUGUAGUGCUUAUAUAAUAUGCAAUGAAUCAAUUUUUACUAAAUAAGAGUUCACAUAGUGCCUUAUUAGACACAAUUAAAAACAAUUUUUUUUUUAACUCAAAAAGACCAAAAUACAAAAAAUUAAGUAUGUAUAAAAUAGAAUAUUAGUUUUGUACUCACUUCUGUGAUAAUUGUUUCCACAAAAAUUUGUUGUACAUAAUUUUUUAACCCAUUUUGUUGUCAUUUAUCUAAGUUAUUCUGGUAAAAUAAAAAUUCUGUAACUU